AUGAAUAUUGAAUGGUUUGAAGCUUGGUCCCUCGGACCGAUUAACUCUCGGUCGAGCACCCUUUCUCCGGUCGAUGCUAGGGUUCGAGUUCGUCCCUGGUUGGAUCCCCAUUUCACCCCUCUCCUCAAAUCCAUCCACCUCGACCUCCCCAUCGACGAUCCGGAGAAGGAUUCCUUCCGCAGCACCACCGCUGAUUCUGGCGGCGAUGUCUCCAUUGGUGGAUUCGUCCUGUUCUUCCCGAAUUACUCGACGUUUCUGGCGAAACCAGGGUUCUACAUCGAGGACAUCUUCGUGAGGGAGUGCUACAGGAGGAAGGGCUUGGGGAAGAUGCUGCUGACUGCGGUGGCUGCGCAGGCGGCGAGGAUGGGCUACGGGAGAGUGGAGUGGGUGGUGCUCGACUGGAAUGUGAACGCCAUCAAGUUUUACGAGCAGAUGGGGGCUCAGAUAUUACCCGAGUGGCGGAUCUGUAGGCUGACCGGUGAACACCUUCAAGCUUUUGCUCAUAUUAAUCUUUGA